AUGCAGGUCUUGGUUGUUGGCAUAUUAAGAAAAGCAGCUCUUGUGAAAAGGCAGACACUGAGCCCGAGAGAACUCGUGCUGGCGAGUACCUGGAAGCUGGACAGCAAUCCUGCCUCUGUGACCUGCUCCAACCUGAACAUCAACGAUGUGCUGGGGAACUACUCCCUGACACUGAUCGAUGCGCUGGACACGCUGGCGGUCAUGGGAAACUCCUCGGAAUUCCAGAAGGCAGUGAAGUUGGUGAUUGACACAGUUUCAUUUGAUAAAGACUCAACAGUCCAGGUUUUUGAGGCAACAAUCAGGGUUUUGGGAAGCCUGCUGUCUGCCCACAUCAUAAUCACAGACACCAAGCAGCCCUUUGGUGAUAUGACCAUUAAGGAUUAUGACAAUGAGCUGCUGCACUUGGCUCAUGACCUGGCAGUGAGGCUGCUCCCAGCCUUUGAGAACACCAAAACUGGCAUUCCCUAUCCUCGGGUGAACCUGAAGAAGGGGGUUCCUCCAGACAGCCACAACGAGACGUGCACAGCAGGAGCUGGAUCCUUGCUGGUGGAGUUUGGGAUCCUCAGCAGACUGCUUGGUGAUUCCACGUUCGAAUGGGUGGCCAGGAGAGCUGUGAAGGCCCUGUGGAGCCUCAGGAGCAAUAACACUGGACUGCUGGGAAAUGUUGUGAAUAUCCAGACUGGCCACUGGGUUGGAAAGCAGAGUGGACUGGGAGCAGGGUCAGAUUCCUUCUAUGAGUACCUGCUGAAGUCCUACAUCCUCUUUGGGGAAAAGGAAGACCUGGAAAUGUUCAACGCUGCUUAUCAGAACAUUCAGAACCACUUGAGGAGAGGUCGUGAGGCCUGCAACGAAGGAGAAGGGGACCCUCCCCUGUACGUCAACGUGAACAUGUACACGGGCCAGCUGAUGAACACCUGGAUUGACUCCCUGCAGGCCUUCUUCCCUGGACUGCAGGUGUUGAUAGGAGAUGUGGAAGAUGCCAUUUGUCUCCAUGCCUUCUAUUAUGCCAUCUGGAAACGCUAUGGAGCUCUCCCAGAGAGGUACAACUGGCAGCUGCAGGCCCCAGAUGUUCCCUUUUACCCGCUGAGGCCGGAGCUGGUGGAGUCCACAUAUCUUCUUUAUCAGGCCACAAAGAACCCGUUUUACCUUCAUGUGGGAAUGGAUAUUCUGCAGAGUUUGGAAAAAUAUACAAAAGCAAAGUGUGGCUAUGCCACGUUGCACCACGUGGUGGAGAAGACGAAGGAGGAUCGAAUGGAGAGCUUUUUCCUCAGUGAAACCUGUAAAUAUUUGUACCUGCUGUUUGAUGAAGAGAAUCCAGUGCAUAAAUCUGGGAACAAGUUCAUGUUUACUACUGAGGGCCACAUCGUGUCUGUGGACGAGCGCUUCCGGAACUCUCUGUGGGAGGACAUCCUCCCUGGACAGGAGGGCAGCGCCCCCAAAACCAAACCCACCGAGCUCAAGGCAGCCAACUUCAGCUCCAACUGUAACAGAGUCCCUGAUGAGAGGAGGUACCUGCUGCCCCUGAAGAGCAACUACAUGAGACAGAUCGACAGAAUGGUGGGACUGAUCUGAGGGACCCUGCAGGGAAACUUCAGAGGAGCUUGGGAUUCCUCUGCAGACAUUCCUCCCCCUUCAGCUGCUCCCUGCACAGGCUGAGUCCCCCAGGUGUCCCCUGGGCCUGGGUCAGCCGUGGACACAAAGGAGACGGAGCUCAGUCCGAGCUGGGGUAACCUCCUGUGCCACCUGAACAGCUCUUGGUUCAAGACUUCCUAUGAAAAAUGUUGUUGCAAAUGAAGGCUGAAUAUAUUUUAGGAGAAAAAGAAGGCAAAUUGGCCUGUUCCACUUAGCUACCUCUUUGUAGCUGUGUUACAAAUGUCCCUCUAGAGCAGGGUCUGGUAUUUAAUUUGAAAUGACCUCGGGGCUUGGGGAAGGAGUGGGGAAGUGCAAUUUUUUUACACCAAGUUAUUUGAAUUUUUCUGACUAGCAAUACACAACCUUAAGGUCUUCUCAGGUAGGAACCCACUGGGUUUGCUGAAACAGAACUGCUCUGUGUACUCUUGGAAAGAGAACUCCUGGUGGUGUAAGAGCUGUUGGUAGAGUCUGCCAUCCCUGACGCUCACAGCUGAUGGAAGCUGCAGGGCUGUGAGAGCCCACAGCUGCAGGAACCAGUGAUCAAACCAAUCCAGGUGCCUUUUUGGAAGGGAAUGGGGGGAGGGAAAGGGGAAUUGCAAAGCCACUCAGGCAGAAGUUCCCAAAGUUUCCUUGUUUGCCACGUUGUAGUGCCUUUUCAGGAGAGAUGCUGCUAAGAGCUGGUGUCACAGUACAUGAAGAACAAACUAUUUCACAUUCCUGACAGGAUUCAUGUGUUAGUGCCUUAAGUUCUCUUCACUAGCAGGGAAAACUGAGCUUCCUUGGGAAGAUGGAAAAGUGUUUCUGAUGAGCUGGUUGCGAAAUACAGUGGAGCCCAAAGUCACUUCAAAAGAGAUAUUUGGUUUCUUUUUUAAGAUCCUGGAAGAGCAUCUGUGAACUUCCAGGAGGAAAGCAGUUAAGGGUUUGAGGGAUGAGAACAAACUGAGGCCAAAACAACUAUUUUAAAUAUAACAAGUUGGGGUUUUUUCCAGUGUUUUUCCUGUUGCUUAUAUACUUCUAAAUUUGACUACAGUUGAAGUAGUAGAAUGUUAUUUUUUGGGUUAAUUACUUUUAAAUUGAGGUAUAAAUACAAGGGCAACUUGAUCUGCUGUAUUUUCACCUUCUUACAACAACAUUGGUUUCCAUAAACCACGUGUUGCAAGUCAAAACAUUUCUAAUAAAUAUGAAGUUUGUGCUGGAGAGGUUAUUGUUGGAAUCUUUUAAUGUACAGAUGCAUCUCAGGGACUUUGUUAUAGAAACUUCUAUUCCAUGAUAGUUGAAUCUUGUAUUCAGGCAGAAAAAAAAAAAUCAUCAAGUCUUAGUCUUAUUAUGUGUAUUUGAAGGGGUGAAGGGUUGGAAGGGGGAGAGGGAAAUGUGUUAAAAUUGCCCAAAAUAUUGCAAUAGAGUGGGUUGCCUUGGUGUUUGAGGCAGCUGGUGAUUCCAGCUUUGCCAAAGGUAUUGCUGGAGUGUCUCUUUGAAAGGAAAACAGGAAUUCAGGGUGGUUGGGAGAGGUUCAGGCUGUGCUUGCAGCCAGUACAGGGUGAGAAGGGCAGAGGAUGGGCAGAGGCAGGGGCAGAGAGGGCUGGGCCCAGCUGGGCUCAGCAGUUCUGCAGUGGGAAGUGGUGGGGUGGGAGCCCAGCACAGCAUCCCACCCUGGCUGUGAAAACUCAGUGAGCAGGAUUCUGGGAUGGACAGGGAUCAGGGAUGGAUUGGACAGGAUUCUGGCAUGGCCAGGACACCAGGACAGACACACCCAGUGCAGUGGUGGCUUCUGGUCCAGGUUUGUCCCUGAGCCCAGUGUAGCUCCCUGAAUGUGGCACUGGCCACUCCCUGUGCUUGCGCCUUCUGAACUCCUGAGCCCAGGGCUGAAUCCCUUCCAGAGCUUUCCAGAGAGAAUUCCACCACCCUGAGGAAGUUGCACAACUGUUGUGCCAUUGUGUUUUCCUUGUGAUUGCCAGGAAUAGUGAAAGGUGGCUGAGAAUGGAGCAGCCCAGACAGGAACUGCAGCCUUCCAGCCCAACAUGGUCAGCUUCCCUUGGGAAUUGCUUUGGAAUUUCUGUUGCCAGGUGAUGUGACAGUCAUCUUUCCACAGAAAUGCUCUUUAUCCUCACAGAGGCUGGUGGUAAAAGACUCUGUUCCUUCAGGAGCCAACUUUACCUCCUCUUUGUUCUAAAACUGCUUGGAUAUGUUUUUACUCUGUAAGGACAGGGCACCUGUUAGGCACUAAAAUGAGAGUUUGUGUACAAGUGAAUGGCAUCAAAAUGGAACUGGUGACAGUGCUGGAAUCACUUGCUGAAACAGUCUCUUAUAUUUCUUGGUAUCAUGUGCAAUAUCAGGUUUUCCUAACUAAAAGUGCCAUGUAUGCUUAAUUGUUAUUUAUCCAUGAAGUGUUAACUGAGGACAGGAAACUUGGAAGAGGACCAAAUGUGCUUUCAUGAAAUGUCCUGAAUUUUCAACACUUGGCUUGUGUUUUGCAGGUCUGCAUUAAAAAAUAGUGUGUUUGAC